GUCAAAAAUGCUCUGAUUGCCUCCAAAUGCGCAUAAAUGAUCAGCCAGCGUCUAAUAUCGUUGACCUGGUCUUGCCGCCUCUGUUUCAGCCCUCAAACUAUGAUCCUCUCCCCACGCCUGUAUCUCGGAAUCUUCGCUCCGGCAUUUUGCCCAAGAGCUACGGUGCCAGCCUUGUCGCACCCUUUCACAACCCAUAACUAUUAUUCGCCCAUUAUGCCCCAUCACCGACUCCAUCACCGAUCUUUCCAGGUAGUCCUCGAUUUCGAUGGCACAAUAACUACAGAGGAUACCAUCGAAGCCCUCGCCCAGUCUGCCAUUGCCCUCCAGAAUCCAUCCCUACCACAUUCUCAACUUAGCCAAACUCCAGCAGCCGAAGCAUGGAACAACUGUAAAUCUCAGUACUUGGCUGACCUCUCGGCACACUAUGAGAAGGAAAACCAAGAGCCCAGUGAUGGCGGUGUAGUUACGGGACUCGGUGGGCUGGAGAGGGAACAAGGCUCCUUAGACGCACUGAGAGAUGUCGAAUGGGCUAGCGUGAAAAGAGUGGGACAAUCUGGUAUUUUUAAAGGACUUUCAAAGGAGUCUUUGCGGGAGAAGGGAAGGGCAGCAACAGCAGGUGACCCUCAGGAUGGGAAUGAUUUGGCGGUAGUUGUAAGGGAAGGCUUCCCUGAAUUUGUUACAUGGAUCGGGCAAAUCGGGGGUCAAUGGGGGAUUGUGAGUGUGAACUGGAGUCGGAUGUGGGUGCGAGGGGUAUUAGAUGUGGCUUUGGAAGAGAGAUGGGUUCCGAGUCAAAUCGAUCUUUGCAAUCUCACAACGAACGAUAUUAACCCUUUGACGGGCAUGAUUCUAGGUUGGCGGUUAGAUAGGUUGUCCGCUAAACGCACCCACCUCCUUACAACGGCUGACAAGCUCCUCGCCCAACAUAAGAUGAUGUUCUACGGCUUCGACAUUGGGGUCAGUUCCCCGGAGCCUCUCACAAUAUACAUUGGCGAUUCACCGACAGACUUGUCUCCCCUGCUUCAUGCUGAUAUCGGAAUAAUAAUGAACUCUCCAUCCUCCACUCCUGGAGCUCUCGGUGCUUUAAUCGAUAAAUGCGGAUAUAGGGUUUUACCGGUGUCUGAAUACGAGGAGUUGUAUCGUAAAGGGGAAGAUGAAAAGGUGGCCAUUUUGUUGAGUGUAAAUAAUUUCACAGAGAUUAUUGAUAGUGGCAUGCUACAAGACGAGGGGUGGGAUCCAACGGCGGCAAAGAAGGCCUGGAAGAAAGCAGAAUCGGAGAGUUGAGGGUGUCGUAUUUCAUCAUCUUCGACAACUGGUGCUUGAGCAAAUGCUAAUCCCUUGGGGGACGAUUGCCACGGGAAGGUCGUUACUACAUAUGUUGAUAUAUUCGCAAUCUUAUCAAAUUUAACACUCCAUGGC